CACCUAAGUCCCGCCCCGCUGAUUCUGUAGAGCCAACCAGCGCACGUCGUGAUAUCCUCUCAGCCAAUCACAGCCCUGCUUUUUGGAGAACCCGGAAUUCACAUGAUGCCGAAGCCCUGCUAACGGCGAGGAAGAAGGGUCUUCAUCAUUGCCCUGUUCAGGCUGACACGGCUUGUUGCCGCUUUAAGGACUAAACCCCCAGCAGCACCGAGCUGUCCUGUGUUUAACAGCCAAGCCCUGCUGUCAGCCCGCCGGACAAAAGCGUCAUCACUUCUCCCCAGGAUGCCGCAAACAAACAAGUCAAGAAACAGCCCUGCGGCGGACUCUCCGGGCUCGGUCCAGGCCGAAGCCCCGGCAACCUGUGAGGAGAACCGGGCUAAAGGGGACGGUGGAGGAAGGGAGGACAAUGUUGGAGACAGAGAGAUCAUCAAGUCCCCCAGCGACCCCAAACAGUACAGGUAUAUCGUUUUGGACAAUGGCUUGCGCGCUCUGCUGAUUUCUGACUACAGUGGUCCAGUAGCAGCAGAAGAUGAUGACAUGGAUGUAGAAGAAGAAGAAGAGGAGGAGGAGGAUGAUGAAGAGGAGGAGGAGGAGGAUGAAUCUGGUGAUGAAGAGGAUGAUGAUGAGGAGAGUGAGGAUGAGGGGGAGGUUAAAAAGAAGAAAGGAAAUGCAGAGAAGCAGUCUGCGGCAGCUCUGUGUGUCGGUGUGGGCAGCUUCAGCGACCCCAGCGACCUCCCCGGCCUCGCUCACUUUCUGGAGCACAUGGUGUUCAUGGGCAGUGAGAAGUACCCGUCAGAAAACGGCUUUGAUGCUUUCCUCAAGAAGCACGGUGGGAGCGACAAUGCCUCCACCGACUGCGAGAGGACCAUCUUCCAGUUUGACGUCCAGAGAAAAAGCUUCAAAGAAGCUCUUGACAGGUGGGCACAGUUCUUUAUCUGCCCCCUGAUGAUCCGAGACGCCAUCGACAGGGAGGUGGAGGCCGUUGACAGCGAGUACCAGCUGGCUAAGCCGUCCGACUCCCACAGGAAGGAGAUGCUUUUCGGCAGUCUAGCUAAACCUGGACACCCUAUGGGCAAGUUCUGCUGGGGUAAUGCGGAAACGUUGAAGCAGGAGCCGAAGAAGAAGAAGAUCAAUGUGUACAAGCGGCUGCGUGCCUUCUGGAAGAAGCACUACUCUGCCCACUACAUGACUCUGGCUGUUCAGUCAAAAGAGAAGCUGGACACUCUAGAGGAGUGGGUGAGAGAGAUCUUCAGCAAGGUGCCGAACAAUGGUCUUCCUAAGCCCGAUUUCUCUGCUUUGUUGGAUCCCUUUGACACCCCAGCCUUCUGCAAGCUUUACAGAGUUGUUCCUGUUAGGAAGGUGCAUGCUGUGAACAUCACCUGGGCUCUUCCCCCUCAGGAGAAACACUAUAGGGUGAAGCCUCUUCACUACAUCUCAUGGCUGGUUGGCCAUGAGGGCACAGGAAGCAUACUCUCUCUGCUGAGGAAGAAGUGUUGGGCGCUGGCUUUGUUCGGGGGAAACAGUGAGACCGGCUUCGACCAAAACACCACCUAUUCCAUCUUCUCCAUCUCCAUCACACUCACUGAUGAGGGCUUCCAAAACUUCUACGAGGUCACUCAUCUGGUGUUCCAGUAUCUGAAGAUGCUGCAGACCCUUGGACCACAGCAAAGAAUAUAUGAGGAGAUCCAGAGGAUAGAAGCAAACGAGUUUCACUACCAGGAGCAGAUUGACCCCAUAGAGUAUGUAGAGGACAUCUGUGAAAACAUGCAGCUGUUCCCUAAGGAGGACUUCCUGACAGGAGAUCAGCUUAUGUUUGAGUACAACCCUGAAGUGAUCAGUGCAGCUCUGUCCCUGCUAACCCCAGAGAAUGCCAACCUGAUGCUGCUGUCCCCAGAACAUGAAGGCCAGUGUCACCUCCGGGAGAAGUGGUUUGGCACACAGUACAGCGUUGAGGACAUACAGCCAAGCUGGAUGGAGCGAUGGAGUGGAAACAUGGAGCUGAACAGUGACCUCCACCUUCCUCCAGAGAACAAGUUCAUCGCCACUGACUUCACCCUGAAGCCCUCAGACUGCCCAGACACAGACUUCCCUGUCAGAAUAGCCGAAGGCGACAAGGGCUGCCUGUGGUACAAGAAGGACAGCAAAUUUAAAAUCCCUAAAGCCUACGUCAGAUUCCACCUAAUCUCUCCAAUAAUCCAACAAUCUGCAAAGAAUAUCGUGUUGUUUGAUCUGAUGGUCAACAUCCUGGGCCACAACUUGGCCGAGCCGGCCUAUGAGGCUGAAGUGGCGCAGUUGGAGUACAAGUUGGUGACCGGUGAGCACGGCCUGAUCAUCAAAGUUAAAGGAUUCAACCACAAACUGCCAUUGCUCUUCCACCUGAUUGUCGACCACUUGGCUGAUUUUUCUGCCUCUGAUGAUGUCUUCAGCAUGUUCUCAGAGCAGCUGAAAAAAACCUACUUCAACAUCCUCAUUAAACCAGAGAAACUCGGCAAGGACGUGCGUUUGUUGAUUUUGGAGCACUCUCGCUGGUCCAUGGUGGAGAAGUACCAGGCUCUGACGGCCGGGCUGACCAGGGAAGAGCUGAUGGAGUUCAGCCGGAGCUUCAGGGCUGAGCUGUAUGCCGAGGGGCUGGUGCAGGGGAACUUUAUCAGUGCUGAAUCUAUGCAGUUCCUUAAGUACGUCACUGAUAAGCUGCAGUUCUCUAAGCUGCCAGCAGAGGUACCGGUGACCUUUAGGGUUGUGGAGCUUCCAGCAAAGCAUCAUAUCUGCAAAGUCAAGUCAUUGAAUAAAGGCGAUGCCAACUCUGAGGUCACCGUUUACUAUCAGUCGGGGCCGAAGGCUUUAAGGGAGCACACCCUGAUGGAGCUUCUGGUGAUGCACAUGGAGGAGCCCUGCUUUGAUUUCCUCCGGACUAAAGAGACUUUGGGUUACCAUGUCUACCCCACCUGCAGAAACACCUCUGGUGUUCUGGGUUUCUCUGUCACCGUGGAAACGCAGGCGACUAAAUUCAACUCCGAGUUGGUGGAGUUAAAGAUUGAGGAGUUCUUGGUGUCAUACGGGGAGAAGCUCAGAGCGUUGACAGAGGAGGCCUUCAACACUCAGGUGACUGCUCUGGUGAAGCUGAAGGAGUGUGAGGACACACACCUCGGGGAGGAGGUGGACAGGAACUGGGCUGAGGUGGUGACGCAGCAGUACGUGUUUGACAGGCUCAACAAGGAGAUCGAUGCCCUGAAGCAGAUGAGCAGAGAUGAACUCAUCUCCUGGUUCCAGGAACAUCGAGGCGCAACCAGCCGCAAACUCAGCGUGCAUGUGGUGGGAUUCGGCGCUGAAGAGGAUGAUGAGGAGGAAGGUGGAGGUAAAAAACAGGAGGGAAAAGCAGACGAGGGGGAGGGUGUGAGUGAGUCUACAUAUGGGGAGGUGUCGAAGCUCACCUUCCUUUCUGCCUCAAGCAAGAUAGAGGGCGCUAUCUCCAUAAUGGAUAUACCAGCUUUCAUCCAAGACCUUCCCCUCUUCCCUUACCACAAGAUCCUCCAAUGA